CAUCAAGAUAUAUUACGGCCUUUUGUAAAACUGUUUUAAUGACAGUGGUCUCGUUUAGCAUUUUGUUACUGAGGCCGUAAUAAAUCGUACAUUUGCAUUGAUGGUAAUGCAUGCAAGGAAACCUCAGCGAAUAAGUGAUGGGUACUUUGAGAAGCAUCCGGCCCAUCCGUAUCAGAAGUAUACAAAUUCCAAGGAAAGAAGGACUACUAGUGAGUAUGUUUCUUCUGACAACCGGUACACACCGCUGCGAUCCCCCAAUGGCAAUGUGUCGGCACACGGCCACACGGCACACUCUGGUCACUCUAGCCAUGCCCACCACCACUACAGCCAUGUGGCCGAUGAACGAGGAUAUGCAACAUCUAGAAAUUCUUACCUACCGAAAAAUUCUGAAAAGGAGAGAGAUAGAGACUACAAAUCCUCUAGAAAUAAGUACACAGUUUCAGAUGGUGUCAGGUCACCAAAGGAGAAACGUAGCAAAGAAAGUGACAGGGAGCGAAGUAAUCAUGAACGAAGUGAAUCAGAGAAAAAGAGUAGGACUAGUGGCAUGAACAUUAGUGUUAGUAGGAGUAGUAAAUAUGACAAGAGAAGUGCACCUUCUGCAAAUGUACCUUCUGGAAGUGAAUGGUCAGAACACAUUAGUUCAUCUGGAAAGAAGUAUUAUUAUAACUGUAUCAGUGAAGUGUCACAGUGGGAGAAGCCUAGGGAAUGGGACACAAGGAGGACAUCAUCCAAAGAUCCAACUUACUCGUCCAGAAGUGGUCGUGAUAAAAGGUCGAGCUCUCGAUCGGGAAGAAGAGAACUGGAAAAGUCUAGUAAAAGAACCAAUAGCUCAUCAGAUAGAUAUUGGAAUGUCGGCAAUCGGGAGGAAGAUGGACAUGAACGAACAAGACAAAAACACGCAACAACAGCGCAUGAGGGCAAAGAUGGCCAGUCCCUGCAGGACAUGGACAUAUCGCCAGAUAGGAGUACACCUCUGUCAGAAAACUCGUACGGAACCCGAGAACCAAAUUCCACAGCUCGCAGUAACUCUGAAAACAAUGCAGUUCCUCCUGUAGUAGUUUUGGACAAUUCAAAUCAAACUAGCGGGUCACUGCUCGCAGCAGCAUUGCCGCGUAUAGUGGCCACUUCCGCCAAUGUGACGAAUACAAUUGGCCCCAGCGUGUCGAGCGGAGUGCCGCCUUCGAACACAGCCGCCAACAACGGCGGCGCGUCGCCAGCCUGCGACGUGAGCGGCGCAGGAAGCGGCUCUGGUACCCCUCACCGAGACGCCGGCCCCCCAACACCCACGCAUUCUGAGAAUACGGAUCCCCACGCGCCGCCCUUGCAUCUGGAUACUGCUUUGCCCAGAAAGAUGGAGUGCCUGGGGAGCUAUUCGUCGGUGGUAGGCGGAACGCUGCACCACGCGCCGCCGAUGCUGACUCCCUCCUUAGUGAACUACGUGCGUUCAGAUCUUACGGGGCACGUCACUGGUUGGCCAGCGGAUAUUUUAGAAAAACAGACUUUGGCUAACAAGUUUACCGAGGAAGCAUAUCAGCUAGGAUGUCUGCAGUGUACCAGAGUUUCUGCAGAAUUGAAGUGCGCGCGUUCGCUCGUCCGCCACACGGAAAUACAGGCUACCUUACAGGAGCAAAAAAUAAUGUACCUGCGACAGCAGAUCUUGCGACUGGAGGAGCUCAAGUCACAGAACUCGUUCAUGUCAGAAGACUAGGAUUCGGGGUGGGGGGCAUCUGCAGCCUCUCGCUAACUCGCCGCCCGCGCGCUGCCGCUCGGGAAUGCAAUCACCGUUCAACGCUAUACAUUGUUCAUUCCGUUCUUUUUCUAUGUAAUUUAGAUCGAAUGAUUACUGCUGUGUUGUGUGAUUUGAUGUUAAAUUUUAAGCAAUCUAUCGUGUGUUGCUCUGUCGCGGUACCACAGCGCUGUACAGGUUUAAUUCUUGUAUGAAAAAAGUUUAUAAAGUGUACGUAAUUCUUGAAAAUAGUUUCACUUCAGAUGCUCGUACGCGUAAUUACAAGUGCACCUUUAAGUCAUCGACAUAAAGUUUAUUUAUGUCCACUAUACAGAUAUUUUCAGUACUCUUUAACUUUUAGAUAACACGGACCAAAUUGGAUGUGUAGAUAAUAUUGGUUACUUUGACGUUACAGAUCAUUUUAAUGGUGACUGUAUAAUUAUAUUCUUGCGCGGAUUCUUCAGUAAAAUAAGCAAUUCACGUACAUACCUCGCCGGAAAGUAAGCACAUUGGCGGUGGUACCACAUAGGCUCGCUUUAAAAUAAAAGCAUAAGGUUCAAUUUAAAUUUUUGACUUUCAAUUACGUACAUUUUAUUGACAUUCUCUUGAUUAAUGAAUUAUAUAUAUGUAUUGUAUAACUAUAAUGUGAAAAAUCAAUUGUAUUGUAUGUACUACUAGAAAAAGCGUCGCCUCGCGCGCUUUGACGCGGCGUGCUAUUCAUUAGUGAUGAUAUUGCUGUUUUUCCUCCUUAAAAAUAAUGUAGCAUUUUCAAAAAAAUUGGGUUAAACAUGCAAUAAUGACUUGAUAAAUUUCUAUUCCAUUGAGUCUGUUUAAUUAAGGUAAUUAAUUUGUUCAUCGGUCAGUUUUUAAGGGUAAAAUGUUUUGUAAUGUUAUAAAAGAAUUAAAUUAUUAAACAAUACUUUGGUAGAAAACUAUUGUUUUCUAUGGCUCUAUAUUAGACAAAACAUACAGUCAUA